UUGUGAAUUGUACAGCCGAUGUCUUUAUUAUGUUUACGAGACGCUGUGUGUGAUUGUUACUUGUUUUUGUGUGACUAGCCUGUAUUCAGAAAUGCUCUGCUCUCUCACCAUCACUAUUUUUCCAGGCCACAGAGAUGACUAGCGGGGUUUUCAAGAGUGCUUCUCCUGUUAAUAAUGUAGAUAUCUUGUCACUCUGCCUCUUGAACUGUAAAAACACCCUUAAAAAACCAUUUAUCCUUACUAUAACUAUUUUUCGAGGCCACAGAGAUGACUAGCGGUGUUUUCAAGAGUGCUUCUCCAGUUAAUAAUGUAGAAAUCUUGUCACUCUGCCUUUAGAACUAGAAAAAACACCUUAAAAACUUGAGUGCAUUGAAAUAAAAGGCUUGUAAACAGUGGAGCUAUGGAGCAGAAGUGUUGGAGAUUACCAGCCUUAGUGUUGUUUGCGGAAUGUUAGGUGGCAAGUGUGUGAGGUCCAGCCACCACCACCACCACUACCACCACCACCACCACAACUACCACCACCAUGUCUGAGAGUGAAGCUACUACUGGUGUCAGCGAUAUUGAUGGAGAGAAGGUGAAGACGAUAAAUGGAAUGAAGGAGAUGGAAGAAGUAAGAAUGCAGAAUGGAGAGACAGAGAAGCCACAGAUAAAUGGAGACGUGGAGAAGAGAGAGGAGGAAAUAGGAGAGGAGAAGGUACAGGAGGAGAGGAAUGGGAGUGUGGAGGAGGCAGAGGAGACAAGCCAUGUGGAGGGAACUGAUGGAGACACUGGAGUGAAAGUGGAGGGGAGUGAAGGAGGUGGCGGUGAAGAAGGUGGAGGAAGAAACGGAGAGAAGCAGGAAGUGGAGAGAAAGGAGGAGAAGGAAAAAGUAGACGAGAAGGAGAAGGAGAAGGAGAAAACACCAGCAACCUCUUCUAGUAGUGAGGAGAAGGACACAGAGAAGGAGAAGAAGGAGAAGAAAAAGGAUACAGUGAACGGCGACACCAGCACCACUAGCACCACCACCACCACAACCAGCACCACCACCAGCACGCCAGGGAAGAAGAAGAAGCAUCACCACGAUGAUGUCCAGGAGGUGAUAUCCACACGGCAAUUACGCAUCCGUCGAACCCCUAAGAAAUACACGGAGGAUGACGACGAUGUGAAGAUAACAAAUGAGGUGAUCAAGGACGAUUCGAGUGACAUUGAGAUGAUAGAGGAGAGCGACCCACUAGCCAUCAGCGACGCAGAGGUCAAGAAGAUACAGAAGGAGAAGAAGGAGAUUACCAUCAAGACGAAGGACCCCAACGUGAUCAUCAUCGACACUAACACCCUCCUCAAGAACCAAGGGAACCUGGCAGCUGCCGUGGCCCAGUCCACCUCCUCCACCCCCGUGCAGACCCUCACCAACCGCUCCACCAGCACCACCACCACCACCACCAACAUCAACAUCCAGAAUGCCAUCCAGGCCAUCACAGGGGGUGUGCCAGCGCAGGGCCUCCAGUCAGCCUACAUCACCGCCCUACAGCAGGUGCUGAUAUCCCAGGGUGGCCAGGUCCCCAUGAACUCCCAGCACUUGUCACAGUUGCAGCAGUACUACAACAGCCUGGGCCACCUGCAGGAUGAUGCCUAUGUCAUUGAGGCGCCUUCCUUCAUUGUGCCCUAUGUCAUGGAGGGGAAGCCAAAGGAGCCCAUUAAGGAGUUCCUGAAGAGAAUAAACAAGGAACUGGAGGAAUUUGAGCGCAAGGAGAAGGAGGAGGAGGAGAAGAGAGAGGCCGAGGAGAGGAAAAAGAAGGAAGAGGAAGACCGCCAGAAGAGGAAAGAGGAGAGAGAAGUGGAGAGAAAGAGGAGGAUAGAAGCAGGGGAGUCAGUGGAAGAUUUAGACAAGGAAGAGGAGGAGGAAGCUGCAGCACUGGCCAAGGAGGAGGAGGAGAAGAAGGAGAAGGAGAAGGAGAAGGAAGCAAAGGCCAAGGAGGAGGAAGAAGGAAAGGCAAAGGCGAAGGAAGAGGAGGAGGAGGAGGACAACAAGGAGAACAACAAAACCAACACCAACAAGGAGGAUGGAAAGAAGGAAGGGGACAAGGAUGGGAAAGUACAAAGCAAGGAGGAGAAGAAGGAAGGGGAGACAAGGAAAGGGAAGGAGGAGAAGGCGACGGAGGCAACAGACGAGGACAAGGAGAACAAGGACAAGAGUGACGCUGAGAGUGUGGUGGACUUGGAGAAGGAGAAGGAUGAAGAGGACAUGAGCUUCCUGGGAAAGUGGGAGCCAUAUUACCGCAGUGCUUUGGGCAAGUUCAUGAUGGAGCUUGGGUUGAACCAGGCACAGGAGUUUCUGCAGGCCGACCUUCUUCGCAUGCAGAAACGCAAACUAGAGAAGAUGAAGACACAGCCGUCGCGGGAAGGCAUUAUGGCCGCCAAGCUCCUGGAGAAACAGCUUGAGGUGACGCGGAAGAAGAACGCUCACUUGCAGGUACCUCUGAAGAUCUGCAAGUUCUGUACCUUCAAGACGGAGAGCAUGAUGGUGAUGGAGCGCCACCUGGAGUCUCCGCACAUGGUCAACUACACUUACAAAUGCAACUUCUGUGAUUUUGAGACUCGGGGACCACAGGUGAUCCUCUUCCACAUGGAGGCGGAGCACAACACGAGGGGGCGGCUGGAGAGGGCACCGGCGUUCUUCCAGUGCUCACUCUGCCCCUACGAAGACAACAACAAGUCCAAGAUGACGCGACACUCCUUCUCCUGCAGCAAGAAGUAUAAGCCAGAGAAGAAUUGUGAGCUGCUCGACUGGGAACCCCCCGCCAAAAUCCCCAAGGUAUUACAUAUCCACCGGGGGCGCCCCAACACGCUGGGCAAGGCGUUUGAGCCCGUCAAGAUGCCCAACCUGAUGCCCAAGAACCUGGGCAUGAACAUCAGCAUCCAGUCAGGGGGGGCCACCAACCUUCUGCACUCCAGCACUGUGUCCAUAGCGGCUGGCCGGGGGCGGGGCCGUCCUGUCGGCUCCUACAAGAACCCCGGCCCUCUGCCCAGCCAGGCACGGGGCAUUAACACUGUCAGUACGGGUUCCCUGCUCUACACCAACCGCGGUACCACCACCACCACCACAGUCCAAGGCUCAGGAUCACAGUUCACCCUCGGCAACCAGAUGUUCCACUCGACAGCGAGGGUACAGCGGAUCCUGCCGUCCUCCUCCUCCUCCUCCCCUGUCAGCCUUAUACCUGGUCUAGGGGCCUCCUCCUCCAUUACUAUACAGCCUUACCUCCCCGUCCCUACCCAGAGCGUACAAAGCAAAGGUGGGAACACCAAGUCCCCGCAGCAACCCAGCAUCUCCAUCACCCCACUGCCCCGUGCCGGCCAGCAGAUCUCCCAGGGCUCCGGCAACAAGGGCUCUUCUCAGGGCCGAGGGGACUCCGGAGGCAACCCGUCCUUUGUUAUAUGUGAGAUCUGUGACGGGUAUAUUAAGGACCUUGAACAGCUGCGCAACCACAUGAACCUGAUCCACAAGGUCAAGAUCCACCCAAAGAUGAUCUACAACCGACCUCCGCUCAACUGCCAGAAAUGCCAACACCGCUUCUUUACUGACCAGGGUCUGGAGCGCCACCUGCUGGGCACACACGGCCUGGUCACCUCGUCCAUGCAGGAGGCAGCCAACAAGGGCAAGGACGCCGGUCGCUGCCCCAUCUGUGGCAAGGUGUUCCAGUGGAAGCUUCUGAACCACGUGAGUAGGGACCACAAGAUGACCCUGAAGCCGGCCCAUCUGUCUUACAAGUGCACCGUCUGCACCGCCACCUUCAACAUGUACCGCCUGUUUGAGAACCACGUGUACUCAGCCCACUCCGUCGUCAACAAGAACAAGGAAGGGAGCAAGAAGCAGAGCAGUGGGGGUUCCUCCGAGUCGCCGCUCAAAAUCAACGACGAGAUCACCAUCAUUCCGCAGCCCGUCGUCGGCAAAUCUAAGAGUUCGUCCUCCAACACCAACAGCACCUCCACCACCACCACCUCGUCCUCCUCCUCUUCCUCCUCCAACUCCUCCUCAGACAAACUGUCCUCCUCUAAAAAGUGUGACACCUCCACGCCCACCAUGAGCAAAGAGAUCACCAUCACCAAGGUUGGGUCUCGGCCGACGCGGCGCAGUGGUGGUGGCGGUGUGGAGGUGAUCAGCCUGGAUGAAUCCCCGAAGAAGUCCAGUGGGUCUGAGAGCAGCAGCAGCAAGAAGCGAGCACACAAGGACAGCGUGGGGAACAACACCAAGAAGGCGAGGACGAGCAGCUAAUGUGUGGCAGUGCGGCCCGGGGGGAGGGGGACGGCUGGCUCAAAGUGUUGUUGUUGUUGUUGUUGUGGCGGCAGCGGCGGCGGCGGCGGCGUGUGAGACGGACACACCGGCGCUGGGCCACGGUGACCCCGGGCAGGGAGUGUGCGUGACACUGUGACCGCGUGUGUGCGCAUCUUGGUGGUUUAUUUAAUCCUCGACACCACGCCUGGAGGGGCGGCUGUGGUGCUGCGGCGCCGCUGCCCUCCACUCACACCUGUGAUUGGCCACACCUGCGAUGGGAAGACUGACACCCUGGACCACUCGGCACCGAUGGGAAGUGUUGCCAAAUGACACCUUGGGGCGACCCACACUGCAGAAAACACAUUGGACGACAAUGGCACCACCACCACCACCACCCAUGGCCAGGUAGUGGAUCUGUCUGUCUUGGCCUGCUGGGACCCUGGCCACUGCUCGCUCUGACACCCUGGGCACCAUUGGGCGGCCUGGAGGCAGACACAGCCAUGGUCUCUCAUCUCCUGGCCGGUGACUGGUGCUGGGGACAGUCUGGUGCAGAGAGGGAGAGAGAGAGAGGGAACCAAGAGUCAGUGUCAGUAACUCACUCAUACUUUCCAUUAUAAAUCAUUCUGUAUUCAAUUAUUUUCAAGUAUUGUUUCAUUUCUUUUUGUUUGUCAUUUCAUUUUCCUCAUUAUAUUCUUCAGUUCCUUUUCUGUUCAUGUUUUGUUUCUUGACACAGACAAGGUGCAAAGUCACUUGGGGAAGAAACAUUACUUUAUUUUUUUUGGUCUGUUUGUAGCUUUUUACACACACACACACACACACACACACACACACACACACACACACACACACACACACACACACAUUCAAUCACUUAUCUAUGUAUAUCAUUAUUUAAUUUUAGCAUUACAAUUUUUCUUUAGCUGAGACAAAUCACGAGCCAAAGUUCCCUUCAUUUAUUUAUUUUCUUGAUGACAUGGCAAGGAUCAUGACAAGCAUGAAUCAACAGUUGUAUGAAUUUGCAGGGAAAGACAAGACAAAACAAAACAACAGUAGAUAAAAAUGUAGUGUUUGCAUCUGAGGAAGAGAGGACAGGAUGGGUGUGGUGGAGUGAGACGGAGAACAUUCAGGUACAUCAUUAACAGCUGUUGUCUAUUCAGGUGGUGAUGCUACAUGGUACACAGUGGGUGUUGCUGAUGUGUGGGUGGCAGGCAGUUAGAGCUGGUGGUGGUGAGGGGCCUGGUCAGACCAGUCACGAGUUAGCUGUGAGGGAGACCUACUUGUGUCCGGUGAGGGGGAAGGGAGGGAAGGGUGGAGAUAUUAAGUGUUUGUAUAGAAAGAAGAGACAAUAUUUACAUGCAAUACUUACAAAUGUUAGUUUGGAAAGGUGACUUGACAAACAUCCGUGUGAGUGUUGGUAAGGCAGGAGGCGACAACACAUCCUAGAAACAAGUAAGUUACUGUUAGAAUGAAAAGGAGACAAAAAUAGCAGUGUUGUGACUGAAUGUCUUGAAAUGAUGGUGAAAGUUGUCCAUGAAUGCUUGAAUGGAAGAAGACAGCAGUCCUGCCAGCUAAGACACAGGCAGGAGUCACUCACUCUACUGUUUGCUGUUCAGUCAAAUCUGAUAUCAAUCACCUCAUCCAGGAAAAUUAAACACUUCAUUAGAUUCGUCAAGAUAUUUGUAAAAAGUUCCAUCAUCAUAAGUCAACGUUCUCAUAAUGUAACAAGAAAAGUCAGUUACCUGAAGGAAAGUAAGACUCCUCCAAGUCACUAGCCAUCCAGCUUGUCCCCAGGGAGCAGCAGCAGCAGCAGCAGCAGCAGUGGGGUGCCUCUCCCUCGCCUCACCAGUGUGUCGGGUCUGUGGCACCACACGCCAGGACAGCCGGCCUCCCCGCCCCGCCCCGCCAAGUACAGACUUAACUCAGGUGCCGGCUGCUGCCACGCUGGCUGACUGCAGGUGGAGGAGGGUGUUGGUGCAGCGAACACCUGCCCUGUGAGGGAAGGAAGGAAGGAAAGAAGGAACCUCAGUGUGAAGGACAUAACCUCAGUCUGUGUGUGUUGUGUGUAGAAACGCAAAAACAAAACAAAACAAAGAACGAGAUUGAUUGAUUGAACAAAAGCCUGUGGUGAAAAGUCAAAUAAUAAAAAGCUAAAAAAAGUAAAAAAAAAAAUAUAUUGCCACAGACUUAACACGACAGAAAAAACAAACCAGAAAAUCAUCUUUAUUUUUUGAUUCCCGCAUUGGGGUGUAAUAUUAAGGUUUGUACAGUGAUAAAUAUAUAUAUACAAUACAGCAACCUCGAGGGGGCCACUCAUACCCCUCCCCCACUCCCUGCCUGCCUGCCUGCCCUCCAUCAGGCAGGGCAAGGGAGCGGCGGCCUGCCAUCGUGCCGCACCCUGCCCAGCACUACCAACACCACCACCACCACCACCACCACCCUCCCAGCAGGCCACCACCACCACCACCAGGGGUCCCUCGGUCCAUUCAGACGAAACAGGCGGAGCACCAAGUGGUUAUUUAUGUGUUUGGAAUGACCCGCAGGUUUUGAGACGAGACGUGAUGUGACCAGUAACUUAAUUUUGUCCAAGUUUUGCCCCGCCGUGGUGGCGGCGGCGGCGGCGGGUGUAGGGGUCUGUGCACCCACCCUUGGGACGCUGUGUGGGGCCCUGACACACACACACACACACACACACACACACACACACACACACACACACACACACACACACACACACACACACACACACACAGCACCUGCACAUGGUAAUUAGUGCUAUAAAUGCUCAUAUGCCAGCCCACACACACACACACACACACACACACACACACACACACACACACACACACACACACACACACACACACACACACACACGGGGCGGGGCGGGGCGGGGCAGGGCAGGGUGCGCCCCGUCCGGUCAGCCACGGCCGCGACUCGACGCCCAAGACACCGUAGGUUUAAUACUUGAGUUACUGUACACAAAACUUCAAUGUAAAAUGCUGGUAGAUAGUAUUUUAUUUAAUUUUUCUUUAUGGAAGUGUUAAAUGUUGUAGCUAUGUACACUUUUUUUAGGUGUAACACACCAAUAAAAUAUUAUUUAGAACCGA